CCACAGUAACUUCGGCCCCACCAGCCCAGACUAGCUUACAGAGCUCUGACCAUGGCUUCUGGUUCUCCUGCUCGGGACACCAAGUCCCCCAGUAACUCAGCAGAAGGCGAUGACCCAAUCGAUGUCGAUGCGCCACAGGCAAGGAGAAAUAAGGAACCACUUUCCAUUAUAGUUUCUCAUUUCGUCCGUCCUAACCUUUGCACCGUGCAGGUUUUCAUGGCCUGCAUACUCUUAGGACAAAAGUAAGCAUUUGUUAGCAGUCUAGAUUGUCCCGGCGCAUGCUGAUGAAUGCUCUUAAGCUUUGUUCGUUCAACAGGCUUGGCAUUGCGUGCUACAACGUCGGAACGCAACAGCUCGUGACGACGGAAACCUGGGAAGAGUCAGUGUCAGGAGAAUUUCCUACCAUUCAGCUGUGUAAGAAGGCUACUUGUUGAAAAAAAAUGUUUUUUGCUGCGCGAAGUUCUAUGAAGCGACUGAUUUGCUCGUGCAGUGAAGUUUCAGGAGCAGCCGACAGUCAUCAUCGCUAGCACUAAGGCAGACAAGGCCUUUCUCAAUGCCCUGGCAAUCCCCGGUAAAAUUAUCCUUUCGGUUCCAUGGAUUUGUGAGGUUUCUUACCGCGCACCUCACGAUCUUCGCGUCGACUGCAGUAGAGGAAGGCGGAAGCGAUUUCUUUGUUAAGACUGUCAAGAGCAAUAUUUUCAGCUAUGAACAAGCUCAAAACAGGCUUACCUUUUUGCAGUGGAGCGGCAUGCCACACGGCUUAAAUGCGUCUCAGAGAUUGCACCUUGUAACUCAACACUAAAAUCAGGCUGGAGGACGACGUACAAGUCAGAGCACUGGGUGCUCUGCUUGCGGUACUCCAGCAAGAAAUGAUAUUGGACAAUGUUGAGGUCGCUGACAAUGAUGGAGAUUCUGCUACGCUUGGAGUUCGAAUAGGCAGCAUUUCACAAUUAAACCUGUUCUCCGUGUUUGGACUGCUGAAUAAGUGCGUUACAACUGGCGGACGGAGUAUGCUGAGAUUUCAUUCUUAACGUCUUUUCCUGAGCUGCUGACAUCUCUCCACACCUCCCUUCAACAUGUGAAGGAUAUUCCGAGACUGUUAAUGAAGUUGAAGUCAGCAACCACAAUUGUUACCCGUAAGGACUGGCUUCAGCUCCUAGAGGUUUGUGUCAACCUUUUGCAGUGUUGGGGGCAUCUUUGAACUGCCACUAACUUACUGACAUUUGGGCAGUCUGUGAGCUACUUGCUUGAAGUCCGUGAAGUGUUCGAAGUUUCGGUAGCACAGUGGCAGGCUGAGAAAAGUAGUGAUGCGGCGUUGCAUCUUAUCCCAAAGAUCUUUGAAGCAUUUAGUGAUCAUCUGACCUACAUCAGGGAUUUGGUCAGUGGAGUUAUUGAAUGUGAUCAAGUAUGCGGAGCAUCACAAGAAACAAUGGUCGCAUAUGGCAUAUGCCAAGAGGUUGUUCAAGAAGAGCUGAAGAGGAUGCCAUCUGGAUUGGCUGAAGCAUCUGAGUCGCCGUCAAUUGUGUACAUGCCUCAAGUUGGUUCGAUUUUCCUUAUGAAAAUUGUUACACAGUUUGAAGGUGACAACGGUGAUGGAGCUGCUUCUUUUUACCACACGGAUAAGACCAGGGAACUAGAUCAGAUUCUUGGUGACGUGUUCCACAAAAUUCUUGACUUGGAGAGUGUGAUUAUUCGUGAUCUCGAAGGCCGUGUUCUUGAGCACUCAGAUGCUCUAACAACAGCAUUCGCAGUGGCAGCUGAAAUUGAUUGCCUUGUUUCUCUGGCUCUCUCAGCAAGGGAGUUCAAUCUGAAGCAGCCACGUCUUACCAAGGAAAAUGUGCUGAAGAUUUCAAAUGGAAGACAUCUGCUUCAGGAGCUCGUGGUUGAUACGUUUGUUCCAAAUAGCACCACCAUCAGCCAAGAAUCAGGAUUUUCACUAGGGUGGGCAGUUGCGAAUCAGGGUCCAGCAAUCAGUCGUCCUUUUCAAGCGAUUUGAAACAAGUGUCGCGGAUGAUCAGCCUUGCAACAUCACGUUCCCUCUGCAUUGUGGAUGAGUUUGGAAAAGGAACUCUAGUUGCAGAUGGUGUUGGUCUGCUUUGCUCUACUCUUGGAUUUAUGGCAGCUCAACCUAUUCCACCCAAGCUUUUUGUUUGCACCCACUUCAGUGAAAUCAUGAACCAGAAUCUUUUGAAAUCUGUAAGCUGUUGAUUUGCUUUCAGCACAAUAUUUGGCUCCACUGAGCUCUCUUGUUGUGGCUCGUGUGCAGUCCCCACAAAUUACAUUCUUCACCAUGGCCAUUCUCGAACUCGCUGAAAAUGUUGAAGGUUCUGAUGAAAUCACGUUCUUGUAUCGGUCUUCCUCGAGCCGUUAUUGAACGCUCUCGUGAAAUUCAGUCCAAGAUCCAAUCAGGCACACCUGUUGAAAGGCUGUCUAAUGCUCGCACAUCAGGCAGAGACAAAUGUUACAAGAACCUUGUAGACAAGCUACUCAGCCAUGACUUCAGCUCAGGGAGUGCCAAGGAGUUCAUAUCGUCGCUGCCCCUUACCUUCCAGGCUGAGCAAGUCUAAAGUUGGCUCCUUUCCACGCGUCAUGGACUCCAGAUCCAUUUUGGGGGAACCUAAUUUUCCGCAAUAGCCAUCUCAAGAAUCAUGUUAAUCAUGGCAUGGCUGCGGCUGGCGUGAGGGUCGAGUCGAGUCUAUUUAAAACUACAUUUGUUCCCAGCUUGUUCUUGCACGCUAGCUUUGGUGGCCGUCCACAGCAACUAGUAGAUGGCUACAUCUAACAAAGGCUGAUCGAACAGGGUUGCUGUUUACUUGCAACACGUCUGAAACUAAAAUAGCUGGCUCAAACUCAGGGCUCUACAUGCUGGUUGGAAAGUAGAGUUUUUGUUACAAUAG